AUGAUUGAUAAAGCUGUGAAUAAUAAAUACAUAAAAUAUUGUGAAUGUGGUCAUUCAAUUGAACAUCAUAGUCAACAAGAUUUUUAUUUUAAACCAAAGUAAGGUAAAAUAUUAUUCUAUCAAAGUUUUAUUAAUUGAAAUUAAUAAAGAGUUAAAGAAUGAACAUUUUAGUGCUUAAAAGAAUAAGAUUUCGAUUGAUAGUUUACUUAGAAAAAAAGAAGCAAAGCGUCAUAAAAUAAAACAAAAAAUUCUAAAAGUCUUAAUUAUAAUGAAAGAUUGUCUAACUCAGUUGUUGUCAUCUGCUCUUUAUAAACUUGAUAUACUUGAUGUUAAAGCAAUUGAUUUUGUUUUAAAAUUCUAUCCAGAAUACAAAAAUGUUUUACAAGAAUUUCAAGAUAUAGAAAUUUAAUAAUUAGGUGAUGUUGAAUAAUGA